AUGAUCCCCGCUGUCUCGUCCGCGGAGAGACCCGGCCCUGUCUUCGUCUUCUCCCCCCCUCCCACCCCGCCCCGGGGCCGAGUCCCCCGGGCUGCCCUCCCCACCCGCCCGGGCGGGCCUCGCGGGGCUCCGCUCCUGCGCUGCGCUCGCUCGCUCGCUCCUCUCCCCCCCGCCCCGCCGGCUCAGGCUCCGGGCUGGCGGCGGCGGAGGAGGAGGAGGCGGCGGCGGCCGAGGCGCCGGCGGCUCAGCUGCUCCCGGCUCUGUAGGCUCGGGACCCGGCUCUCCCGGCUCAUUCCCCCCAAGCCCUUGCCUGGGAAUGAGGGGGGCGGUGGAGGCUCCGCUCCCCAGGGCCUGGGCGCGCGGCAGCAGCCCGGGCGCCGGGAGGCAGAGUCGGAACGCGGUCCGGGCCGGGUGCUCUGCCUCCCCUUCCCGGCCGCGGCGCGGGCUGAGGCUGCUGCGCGGCAGCGGGCAAGCGGGAGGGCGGCCGGAUUGAGCGGCAAGAGCGCCCCACUCUCCUCCGAGUCCCCCUCACUCCGACACGAGGCUCAGCACUGCCAUUUUACCCAGCGCCGUCGCGGCUGCCUAGCAAACCCGGAACGGAGCGCGGAGCGGGCCCAGACCGUGGAACGGACUCGCUCCCUUCCCCUCACAAAGAAGGAGGGGAGAGAACGAGCCGCGGCGGCGGCGGCAGGCCCUCAGCCGCUUUCGCUGGGCAGCGCCGCCGCCGAAGGCUUCGGGGAAAACCCGGCCCGGAGCUCGCGCCUCUGCGGAGCCUGCGCCGCCUUCCUCCUGGCGUUCCUAUCGGUCUCCUCCAGGCCGCACCGAGGGGAGCGGGAAGCGUGA